UUUGAGCGAGCAUAAAACUUUCUGGCUCCCAGCACAAUUAAAGAUGAGAAAAACAACAAGGAACCCUGGAAAACAGCCACCCCGGCCUCGUUGCAAAAAUAGGACCCAUCUGUCCUGGCAGGCUUAAAGUGGCUCUUGGCCCUUCGGCAGGGGCCUGGCCAGGAUGACCCCUGGAGGCCCCACCCUGCUCCAGGAUUCCAUGAUUCUAUGACAUGGCCAGCAGUCUGGAGUGGCAGCAUGCGGGUGUCCUCAGUGGGAAGCCGGAGGAGGUCUAUGUCAUCUACCUCCUCAGAGACACAGUCCAGGUGAGCAGCCUCCACGUGCAGCCACAGCUCAGUCACGGAUUUGACCCCCCCAGCCAAGGCGAUGUCCGGACUCCCAGAGAGCAGGUCCAACACCUACGGCCGUUCAAACCAUGUCCACAACGUGUCCCUCCCACCUCGAGCUUCGGGCUGGACCCAGUGCUCCGGCCCCAGCGACGCCAACAACCUCAAGGGCUCGCGCGUCCGCAACCCCAGCGGCUCGGACUUCAGCUCCUGCAGCAGCCACUCGGAGCCGUCUCUCAGCGUCACCUCCCCCCGACUUCCCAAGGGGAGGGUCUGCAUGGGCCGGCCCUACAACUCCAAGUUCGUAGAGACAAGUCACUUGGUGAAAGGCUCCAAGGUGGCCAGGAAGUCCUCUUAUCAGCCCUCUUAUAACAGCCCCAACUGCUUGCUCUGCUCAGACCGGCCUUUGGGCCCCUCCAGCCCCAGCUUCCUGGACCAGCUCAUCAAAGGCAUCAACUACCUGGACCGGUCCACCAGCGCCUUCUACAACAACUGCCCCAAAACGCUGAGCCUGCCCCGGCUUGCUGCCAACUACCUCGAACGAGCUGCCAACUCCCUCUACCUGGACCACCUGGAACGCACCGCACCCCGCAGUUACUCCACCCCCGGCAGCAGCACGCUUGCCCCAGACAGCUCCAACAACACCACCUGCGUGGUCUCAUCCACCAGGGGCGCCGGCGAGCUGCAGUGCCUGGGCGGCUCCACCACCCAGAGCUGCCAGCACCAGCAUCACGGCCAGAACUUCACUUCCCUGCGGCAGAGGCCAGGCAUAAAGCUGCCUGAGCUGCCCCUGUUUGGCAAUGGGCUCUUCUCCUUAGAUCGUCUGCCCAAGUUCUGGGAAGCCAUCCGCUCCGGCUGGAAUGCCCCUGAGCCCGUCUCCAAACCCUCCAACUGGUGGUAAGGUUCGACACCGGCCUGCAAUGGGCACACACGUGUCCAUCAGGCUGCUGUGGUGGAGAAUAAAUUGUCUGUGGCAAAAUGCUCCUUCCAAGGUUCUGUUGGGGGAAAUGACCAUUUAGAUUGGGGCUCGGAACUCAACAGUGGUCUCUUGGGGCCGUCAAGUAAAAGCGAGCGAAUGGGGCUGGGGUCAUGGCAGGGAGAGGCAGAGACUAGUGUUGAGUGGGCGAGGACCGCUGGGCUAUCCCUGGCUCUAAAAUGGGCUGCUGCCUUCGCGAGAGAAGCUAGAAUGUGAUUUUAAUUUUAAUUUUUUAUUUAUUUUUGAGACAGCGUCUUGCUGGAUUGUCCAGGCUGACCGCAAACUCUUGGGUUUAAGGGACUCUCCUUUCUCGGCCUCCCAAGUAGCUGGGAUCACAGGUGUGCACCGCACACCUGGUUUGGGGAUCUGAUUUUAUGUUAGCAACACAUUUUAGAAGGUUACCAUGCUCAGAGGGCUGAACAAAUGUGCUUGCAGCUCCAAUUUCCCCCAGUUAGAGUGUAAGACCCUCACCCGGGGCACUGGUCUUGAGGUCACCAGCAUCUGGUUCCCUUCUGGCUUUCAAUAAGGAUCAUUUUUUAUGUUAACCGAAGGCCUCGUGUCCAAUAGGUGCCCAGUAAUGCUAGCUGCUGUUGUCCUAAGGGCAGUUACAGUACUUCACUCAGUGAAUGCGCCAAAGCUACUAACUUAAUGAUACCCUACAUAUUAAACAAUGCCAGGCAUUGUUUGAAGCACUUUGUACCUGAGGCAGGUUCCGAGCUUCCCCUAGCCUCAGUUUCCCCACAUAAAUAAACAGAUAACUGUUCAUUCCCAAUUCCUAAUCAUGCUCCCCUCUUGUCAGGAUGGCUGACUUUAGCACUGUCCCCCGUGAGCAGAAAUGUAGAUAUAACAGUAAGAAUGAUAAACGCUCCUAGAGCCCCUGUCAUGUGGUGGAAACUGUUCUAAGCACUUUAUGCAUAUUUAUUCUUUUAAAGAUAUGAUUUUUGGUGACCAGGGCUAUGGACAGACACAGAAGAACUUUCUGAUCACUAGUGUGAGAGGUGCUGGAGAAACCGGGGGUGGCCGUGGGUAGGAGCACGGGAACUCUGGAAAGAGUGAUUUUGUCUGAGUCUGGAAGGUAGGAGGGUGGUCCCUUUUGCUCACUUCUUUGGGUUUCUUGCUCUCUUUCCUGGACCACUGAGAAUUCAGAGACCUGACUAACUCAGGAGUUGGGAAACCAGGGCCACAAGGUCCCCAGCUGCCCAGUUCUGCCGGCUGAGGGACUCUGGAAAUGAGGAUUCCAGCGCAGCUUCCUUCUGGUCUGCCCUGAAACCCUGGCCUUGUGGUUCCCUCUCCACUUCCUCUCCCUACAGAACGCGGGUGCAGUAGCUUUGAGGAUCUCUAAGGGCCCCUGGACUCUGAUGUUUCUGAGGUCAGGCCUGGAGAACCCCAAGUUGAGAGUGGCCUCCCACAAGAACCCCGGCUCCCAAGAUCCUUCCAGUUUGCUUCCCGAGGUCUGUUUCUGGCCUCAGGAUUCACUUCUGUGUGCUUAUGAACUUCAGGCCCCGUCCCUACUGUUGGCUCUCUUCUGUCUCCUUGGCAACGUGAAGGCCAAGAGCAGCUCAGUGUGGAAUGGCCUUGAGAUAAUGCAGAACCUGGAAGCUCACAGGGUUCUUUGGUGCUUGAAGGCAGAGGCCUGCUGUGGUCUAGCCCCUAUGGCCAAGGAGGUGACAGACCUGAGUAUCCCCCCAGGGCAGGAGGAGGGAAGGGGGUCCAUUGACUUCACCUCUUCUGCACCUCUCUGGAGGGCAAGACAGAUCUUCUGUGGGCCAAAGCUCAGCACGGGGCAUACUCCUUCCUCUGUCUCUUGCUUCCCUUUUCUCCCAAGGAGAAGGCUACAGCUUAGUCUGAGUGAGCCACCUAGUCCCAACUCCCAAGGCGAACAUCCAUGUGGAUUGUAAGACUCCACUUUGAACUGAGGAAGGUGGCGCACACCUGUGAUCCCAGCAA